AUGGGCUUGGAUCCUGAAACUUUUGAUCUGUUUGCUACUUCUACAUUCAUUAAUUCAAUCCAGUUCAAUAAGUGCCUUCGCCUGGUUAGGGUCCCAGUGGAUCAGGAGCCUGAACUGGAUGCAAAUAACUUCUUGGAUCCCCUCAAGAGUCUGUUUCACCAGAGUGAAGUUGGCGAGGUCCAUUCCAAGUUUUCUCUAAGGAAACCAUCAUUGCCUGAUGAUGACAUAUGUUACACUGUGCCAGGCAAAACUGAAACCUUGCACAACUGCAAUUUCAACAGUACAGCCAAAACGUUUCUGGUGAUACAUGGAUGGACGGUGAGUGGGUUGUUUGAGAGCUGGGUGGCCAAACUGGUAGCUGCUCUGUAUGACAGAGAGAAAGAUGCCAAUGUGGUCGUGGUCGACUGCCUGGACACCGCUCAUAAUCACUAUGCUGUGGCGGUACAAAAUACUCAAGAGGUUGGUCACUUCAUCAAUUGGAUAGAGGAGACAACCAAUAUUCCACUGGAGAAGAUUCAUCUCAUUGGUUACAGUCUUGGUGCCCAUGUUGCUGGAAUCGCAGGUAGCCAUGCCACCAAGAAAGUUGGAAGAAUAACAGGCCUUGAUCCAGCAGGACCAGAUUUUGAAGGAGCCCAUGCACAUCAAUGGCUCUCUCCUGAUGAUGCCCAUUUUGUGGACGUUCUUCACACCUCAGGAGGAGCCCUGGGCCUCAGUAUUGGUAUCAAACAGCCAAUUGGCCAUGUGGACAUCUACCCCAAUGGAGGAAGCUUCCAACCUGGCUGCAACAUGCGAAGAGCCCUUGAGAACAUUGCAUAUUAUGGAUUGCUUGCAAUGAAUGAUGUCCUCAAGUGUGAACAUGAGAGAUCAGUCCACCUGUUUAUUGAUCUCCUGAAUGAAGCAAAGGCCAGUAAAGCCUACAGCUGUGGGAGCAGUGCUAUGUCUGAGCAUGGCGUGUGUUUCAGGUGCCAUAAGGACCAUUGUAAUAUGGUGGGCUAUAAUGCCAGGAAGGUUCACAAAGCCCGCAGCAUGAAAAUGUUCACCAAGACCCAAGCCUCCAUGCCAUUUAGAGUUCAUCAUUAUCAGUUGAAGGUUCACUUCACAACACAGACAAAUCAAUCUAUGACAGAAUCCAUAGUAACUGCUUCCCUUUACGGUAGCAAUGGCAAUGCAAAAAAUCUCCAUAUUAAUGUAAAAGAAAAUAUUGGCACCAACAUGACCCAUUCCUUCCUCUUGGUUACGGAGGAAGAUAUUGGUGAACUGCUGAUGCUUAAGUUAAAGAUGGAGGACUCUUCCUCAGUGCUCAACAUAAUGUGGUCCUGGUGGAACGGAGAUUACCCUGAACUUCACAUCCGAAAAAUUAGCAUUUGGAUUGGAGAGACGCAAAAAAAGAUGGUAUUUUGUUCAAAGGAUCUCCAAAAUACAAAUUUGCUUCAUGAGGUGAUUUUUGUGAAAUGCAAAGACAUGUGGAGGAGGUCGUCUAUGAGGCGCAAGCAUAAGAGCCCAUAAGAUGACAAAAUGUAACCCACUGAGACGAAGUACUUGAAUUAUUAUUUAUUCUGAUCUUAUUUAUUUAUAUAUUAUUGUAUUGUAUUAUUGUAAUGCAUUUAAAACAUUCUUUUUACAAGUACUUACAUUUUAACUCCUGGUUGUUUGAUGUAUGAUGAAACAGUACAAACUUCUGUGCUGGAGAUUUAGUAAUGGUAAAAGGCUGGAUGCUCAUAUAUUAAACACCACUGUUGUGCUCUGCUCCUGAACAUAACACUCCGACAAGUUUAAUCUCAAACCAAGUGUGCCAGAGCUGAUAAACUAAAGACCUCCGAGGAUUGAACUGAACAGUGGAUUCAGUUAGAAUAAUUAUGACUGUCUGACAUUAGAUAUUGGGUUGAGUAUUAAGUAUUUAGGUAUUAAGUUAGAUAUUUAAAUAAUAUUGGCUGGAGUUGAGUGGUAUAUCAGAUAUAUUCCAUUCAGCUAGCUUGAUAUUGAACAAGUCGAGGAUGAGUUCAGUAUCAUGCUAGCUGAAUGGAAUAUAAUCUGAUAUACCAUGAAAAAGCUAUUAUUAUUAUACAUACGCCUUCCUUUCUAGUGUUCAAUGUGUCUUUCUCUUUCAAAAUUCUCUCAAUCUUCCAUAUUCAAUGAAGCAAACCUGGCAGCCAUGUUUGUUUACAAAUUGUCUCAGUCGUUUGCUAGCGCAGAAGUUUUACGUCUCUGAUGCAUGACGUCAUGUUGUCUUGACAACCAUGCAAUCAUACCAAAUAAAUGAAACCUGCUAGAAGGAAAAAGAAUACAUGUUUAUUCCAUCAAAAAAGUGUCCUGUAUGUAUAAUAAUAAAUUAUAUAUUAUGCUAGGUAAAAUUAGUUAUUAGGUUAGGUUAGAUAUGGGUGGUGUAGUGGUUAGAACUGUCACUU